AUGAUCCCAAAAUUUCAAUCACCAGCAAGGAGGAUUGCAAUAAUCAUAUGAAACCGUUGAGGACUAUGUUGCCAUACAUCCUUCGUUUGGGUGGGAUUGAUGCAGGAGUCGCCCCAUGGCCUGCUCAUAGAUUGCAAGUUGUUCCUCAGCAAGAGACCGGGGGAGAUUGUGGGAUGUUCACAAUAAAAUUUAUAGAGGUAUUGAGUGCAGGAAUGCCAAUACAACUUAUUAAUCAGACAGACAUGAUGUUUUACAGGAGGAAAUUCGCAAUCGAGUCAUACGGACAACAUUUUUAACUUACUUUUGUAAAUAUUUAUUUUCAUCCUAUUAAAUUGUAUAUAACUCAGUGUAAUACAAAUAUUGGUUCGAGUA